AGCUUGGGAGUAGGGAAGGUCUUUUUAAUUUUUUGUGAUUUUGUUUAGAGUAUUUAAUUUAUUUAAGUUCGUUUCGUAGAUAAUGGUCAUCCAAGAUGAUGUCUGAUCAGUUUAGGAAAGUAGAACCAUAUUCGCCAAAAUCGUCGCCGAGGGGUGCGAGGUCACCAGUCGUCUCUCGCCAAGAUUCUUCUGGUACACUCAAAACUACUAUAUCCUUAGGCAAAAACCCGUCUAUAGUGCACAGCGGACCAUUCUAUUUGAUGAAAGAACCCCCGGGAGAAUGUGAACUGACAGGCGCUACAAAUUUAAUGGCCUACUAUGGACUUGUACAUUCUUACAGUAAGUUUAACGGCAAAAAGCUGAAGGAAUCCCUAUCAUCUUUCCUUCCGAACCUGCCGGGCAUCGUUGACGGACCUGGGCAGGACGAUAACAGUACUCUAAGUUCAGUUAUAGCUAAGAGACCAAUUGGUGGUAAAGAAUUACUGCCAUUAACUAGUGCUCAGUUGGCAGGUUUUCGAUUACACCCUGGCCCACUUCCUGAGCAGUACAGAUAUGUGAGUGCAACACCACCAAAGCGACAUAAAAGCAAACAUAAGAAACAUAAGCAUAAAGACGGUGCGCCUCCUGGGCAAGAGACACCUUUACAAGAUUCAUCAAAUCCAGACACAUAUGAGAAAAAGCAUAAGAAGCAAAAACGUCAUGACGAUGAGAAAGAACGAAAGAAGAGAAAAAAAGAGAAAAAGAGAAAAAAGCAAAAACACAGCCCUGAGCAUGGAGGCCUUACACCAAACCAACAUCCAUUACCGUAAAUAUAAGUGUACAAGUAGGUUUAAGUCGAAUAUUGAGCCCAAAGAGAGUAUUGUACUAAAGAUGACUAAAAAUUAGUAAUUCAUUGUGUUCUAGUGAUAUUCCAUUACUAGUGAAAUGUACCUCUACACUUUGUUGUGCAUAUGACUAAAUGUAUGAACGGCACUCAUUUUUUGAAACUACACUUGCUAUCUAUCAUAAGUUGAUUGUAAUACGAUCGAAUGUUGUUAACAUUUCAUUAAAGUGGAAAGUUUCCUCAAUUGGUUGAAUGAUAUAAUAACACAAGAAGAAUAACAUACAAUUGGUUGUGGCCUAAAGGAUAAGACGUCUGGUGCAUUCAUGUUAAGCGAUGCACUGGUGUUCGAAUCCCAGGCAAGUACCAAUUCUUUUAAUGAAAUACAU